AUGACUUGUGCAGACCUCUUGGCAAAGCCCUUACACAAAUCGCGAGGUCAUAACUCUAUAACCGAUGAGCUUAAUUUGCUUGUGCAUUCCUCAAAACUAUCCACAGGUUGCAAGCAUAUAGAUAGAUUUUUAAAAGGAGGACUUCCUUCCAAAAGACUCAUUGAAAUCUUUGGAGAAGGCUCGACUGGAAAGACCCAAUUCAUUUGUCAAUUGAUGAUAAAUUCUGUGCUGCCAGCGGAUCAUGGUGGACUUGGCGGGAAAGCAUUGGCUAUUUUCACAGGAAAACCAUUGAGCGAGAAACGUUUCACAGAUAUCAAAGAUCAUAUUGUCCAACAAAAUCCAGACAUCAUUACAAGUGACGAUAUCGAUCGUAAUAUUAAGCUUCUCCAAGCCUCUGACAUGGAGAUCUUCAAUGACAUAAUGAAUGAUAUUGAAACCAAAGUUGGCAAAGAAAAUAUCAGAUGAAUAAUCAUCGAUAAUUUAGCCACUCUUUGUGAAGACUUCAUCAACAAGGAAGCUGGUGUUACUGAAGUGGAUUACAUCCAAAGAGCGAUCUUCCUGACCAAUCUUGCUAGCACUCUGAAAGGGAUCGCUUACCGAAAGAAUAUGGUAAUCAUAACAGUAAACAACGUGACUGCUGAUAUCUCACUGGAUGCGUCUGAAGAUGAUCCUUCGAAAGUCUUCACUGAAAAGCCAAGAGCGCGGACAAAUUACAAGCCAUGUCUUGGCCCUACCUGGACCACACUGGUAAAUGACAGAAUAUGUCUCCAGAAAGUACAAAUGGGACCAAGCAGCUACAAGAGACGUCUUGUAGUAGACCAGUCUUCUCACUGGAAACACACAGGUACAAACUUUACCAUCACUGAUGCUGGGAUUCAAGGAGACGAAUUUUAA